AACAUAUUAACUAUCAAGCAUGGCGGUAAGGAAGUCUUGUUUUAAGAGGUAGGUAUUUUUCGUAUUACAUUGGUUUUCCCUGAAACCAGAAAAUGAAAGUGCUUUAUUCCAUGAAAACUUUUUCAUUAUUCUGUCUGAAGAGCAUAAAAGAGGCCAGCAGUUCGACUAGGCAAUUUCUUUGAUCAAGUGAUGUUACCAUGACCUGUUGUCAACAAGAAACUGUAUUUGCUUCGUUUCUUCAAAUUCGUUGAAGCUCAGGGAUUCUUGCAUUGACUGUUACAGCUCAUCACAAUGAGAACAUGUCCAUCUGUUUGUAGAAGGUCGUGGUUCAAUGAGUGAUGACAUGAGUAGGUGAUCAGCAUGGAAACGCGGCGCAAAUAUCAAAACUUACAAACCUUCAGCGGACUUCUCACCUGGAUUAAGAAACUUUUCUUCUUUUCAGAGGAGACUGAAAAUAAUUUAAAUCUGAAGUACUACCCAGCAGCUUAAUGCAACACAAUUGUCUUAAAACUAGUUUUAUGCAAAUUCUUCGGUGUUAUUUGGACAAAGCAGACUGUGUAAACCCUGCAGAACUAGACGGUUUCGAAAUCUUCAUAUGGUUUGUUACUGGAUGGCUGUUAGUGUUAGUGUUAGCCAGUUCCAGACAGUUGACCGUUCUAAAUAGCUCAGCACAAGCUUUUGCUUGAAUCUCCAUUGAAUUUUGAUAAGUUCAGUUUGUCAAAUGAUUUACGAAUAGCAUUAAUUACGUAUAUCACGCUAUCAGAACUUUUGGAUAAUAAAGAAUAGGCGAUUAAAUUAUCUGUGACUCAAAAGUUAACAUCAAACUCUUUUUUUCCAGGCAUCAUUAGUUCUUUCGCUACUUUGAACAAAUGAACGAAAAUUUCGGACGUUAAGAGCGAACUUUUCUAAUUUAAAAAGACCGACACCAAUUGAGUGACUUAAAGGAAUUCUUUGAGUCUAUGGGACCGUUUCUGAGUUUUUUUUAAAACCGAAAAAGCUAUAGAAGCGGGGUAAUAUUUUUAUUCGUGAUCAAAAUCAAGAGUGCAUAUAUUGCUAUUUUACAAAAGAGAAUUUGUUUAUCUUUUGUAAAAUAUUCCGAUGCGAAUCGCACUUAAAUAGGUAACCUGCAGGGGAGUUUUGUAGGCGCGCGCGCAGCUGCCGGCUCGCCUCGGGCUAUGAUCGAGUGGAUAACACUUAUCAAUAUUAGAGUCACGCAUGUUUGUUUGUCCUUAGUUUUCUUAUCUUAGUUCCACCAUAAGAAUUUAUUCAGAGGCUACAAAAUUGUGUUUCCAAUGUUCCAUGCACUUAAGAGAGAUCGUAAAUGUUUUUGCCCAUUUUUCAUUAAUUCAUAGCCGAACGUUAUGUUCUAAAAUGUUAUGAAGUAUUUAGUUGGUUCAUUUCGCAGAAUUUCCCACUUGCGUUACUGAGAAUUCCGCACACGCUGGUUCAGUAAUCUUGGACCGUAUACUUUCACUUGAUCCAGGCUUUAUUGCCGACAAUUCAGCAUUACACGUUCCGUUUUACGAUCUAUCUAUUCCAUUAUAGUCUAAUCGUAGGGUUACAAAAAUUGCUACAUUUAUUAGCUAAAGAAAUCCACACCCAGAUACGUAAUUUCUUCCGGGAUUCAAGACUUACUCACGUUCUACAAUGAUUCGUGGGCACUAAUUUCCUAUCAAAAAUGGCUUAACUUGACAAUCAUGCUGCUAUGUUCCUGCGCGCUUAACGCCCUGGAAAUACCUAAUUAGAUACAUCACUGUUCGCAGAACUAAUUUGAUUAUCCUACGUCGCUUCCUAUUACAUGCGACUUAAAUUGUAACGUUAACACUGUGCUUUAACGGUAACGAAAUCAUAACUUACUUGAUACACAAUCAAAUUUAUAAUAAAUCAAUGAAAUACAUUUUUAGCGUAGAAAUGUUUUACGACAGUUCAGUAUGAGUCAGUAUUUAGUGACAAUCACAGUUAGAUUAACCAGAGUUAAAGUCACACGACCAGAGUUCACGCCAGAGGGAAGUAAGAUUGACGGAUGUAAGUAGCAUUGUUUAUCAGAGAACCAAGAGACUAAAGUAGACUACAAAAGACUGCUCGAGAGUCCUUGGUGCCUAUCGCAAUAGUGUGGUGCGGUCUGCAGCUAGUUUCCCCUAUCAUAGUGACGUACCUAGCAAAGGACUUGCAAACAAUAAGUCAAUUAGAAGUUAACAUGCUGACGCCACUUUUGUCAAUUGCUUUCUUGUUGUUAUUUACUUUGUUUAUCUUUAGCGUUUAUACAUAUUUUUUCUCUCUGCGCCUUUUAGUUAAACCUUAUGCACGCUUCACAUUUCAUUCACAAAUUUCGAACCUAUCUGGCUUGGUCUCCCUUAGUUGAGAAAAAUUUCCGUAGACUUCCACUGCAGUUGGUGAAUACGAUACUAUUUACACUGGCCGAUUUUCUUGCUUUCUUUAAAAUAGGUUUCAAACAAGGGAAAUGUCGUUGAAACGCUAGAGAUGAAGUUUUGGAAGCGUAGAAGACGAAGGAAGAUUUUUUUCUUCAGGUGGCCAUUUUGGCGUAGAGUCAUCGUAGCUGGUUCGCUGCUGUCGUUUUUUGCUGUAUUUGGAAUUUAUCUGGCAAACCAUGCAUCUCUACAACACUCUAUAGUGGAACAGCCUACACAACGAAAAUCGCCCUCGGCCAGGAGAAACUUAAUAAUAAUAGCCCACGGCCGUUCGGGUUCUUCAAUCACCGGAGACAUUUUUAAUCACCACCCAGAUGUGUUUUACAUGUACGAACCGCUGCAAACUGUGGAAAGAACCCAGAGAAAAUUUCACUUAAAUUAUGACAGCCUUGUGCAGAAAUUCUUAACUGGUGUAUUACAAUGUAAAUUCACAGAUCAAGUCUUCUUGAAGGACAUUGAAACGUACUACCGCAAACCUCUUCAUCCUCGAAUUAGUCACGCUAUUGCCUCGCCACCUCUUUGUCCUUACAACAUAUCCGACCCGAGAUGGGACCCACGACUUUGUGCCAAAAUGACAAGCGAAGCACUUGAAAAUGCAUGCAAAAAUAGCUAUACGCUCACUGUGAUUAAGGUUCUUUUAAGCCGCAUGCCGCGCAAAGGCGGAAUAAGAAAGGCUCUUGCUGUUUGCGAUUCACCAGACAUUUACUGUAAAACAGUGCUGUUAGUAAGAGACCCUCGUGCCGUGAUACCUUCUUCACUGAGUGUUAACUUUUACAGAGAGGUACAUGGAGUUGCUAAGCACGGAACAAGAAUGUUUAGCUACAAAAUAUGUAAAGAGACAGAGGAAAGUCUUAAUUUUGUCAAGAAUCUUCCCCCUUGGCAACGAAGCAAAAUCAAAGUGCUGAGGUAUGAAGACUUUGCAAAAAAUCCUUUGGACGAAAUGAAGCGACUGUUCGACUUUGCCGGGCUAUCGGUGUUAGACAGUGUUACAACAUGGUUAAAUGAAAGUACACAUCCGGAUAAACGAAGAUCUGAGAUGGAAAUACGAGGUAGCCUGGUUGCUUUCACUGUGGAUGAUGCAAAAAUUGCCAUGAAUCGCUGGCGAUGGAAAGUCCACCCAUACGAAAUAAAUAUCAUUGAAUAUUAUUGCAGACAUGUGAUGCAGUUGAUGGGAUACAGACCUGUGGAAGGAUCACACGAGCAACAAGCAAACAUUUCGAUCCCUCUAGUAAGUGAUGAUUACGAAGUGAAGGACUGGUAA